AUGGCGAGAACGAGAAAUGGGUCCAAGAAGACCUCAGCAAAGGAGGAUAUAACGUUGAGAUCUACUGCUUCGAUAUUCAAGCAUGCCGAUCCAACGCUUCUUGAAGAAGAGGACAAGCAGAAGAAGAAACAGACGAAGGAUAAGGCAGUUGAAGUCGGCACUGAUAGCGAACCUUUAGGAAGUGCCCAAGAUGAUAUUGACAAUGCAGGAUUUCCGUUCAAUUACCUUUACAAGUUUCAGGAUUUCUUAAACGAACACGUUAAUCUUUUGAAAGGGGUGCAAUUGCUUCUUAUUGGGUUUUUUAUGCAAUUGAUUUACUUGAAACAGGACCAUUUUGACCAUUUGAAACUGACAUUACCAAUGAUUUGUUUUAAUUGUAUUGGGAUGGUUGCAUGCACGGUGCUUAGUAUAGUCAAGAGCAAACUGGAAAAACUACACGUUCCCGAUUUUGAUUAUUUUUAUUGCGUAUUGAUUCCAUCAUUGAUUGGUAUUGUUCAUUUUGAUCGUAAUUGGAUUAUUGUCAAUUGUGCGCUCAAUUAUUUCAUUGUUGAUCAAAUGAAUCCUAUUUUUAACAUGAUUUCUAGUGUUGUAUUUUUUGAGAUUUAUAAAGAGGACUCGAAAGCUACUAUGGAUACGUUUCAGUUUAUUCAAAUUGCUGCAGCACACUUUUUCCUCAGCUAUGCAUUGAAUCAUAUUAAUGAUAUCAAUGUUCACAAUGUGGCGGAUGAAGAUGCCGUAGAAGGUAAGAGAUCAUUGAAAAAGUCAGAGAUACAACUUGUAUGCUUGUUAGUUGUGAAUAUAUUAUUCAACCAUAGCUUAAUUGCUCAAGCUUUGCCAUUGCAGAUUUUCCAAAAAUUGUUGGUUAGCUUUAUUGUGACUGGGCUUUUUGCAUACCCUGUUUACAAAUUUAUACCAGGGUUGAUUAACAUUGCUUUGUUUGGAGGUGUGUUUUGCUACUUGACCAUAUAUCAAUUGAAUCGCGUUGUUGGCAAAAAUGCAUUGAUUUGGUUGUAUGAGUAUGUUGAAAACGAUGUGGAAAAGAUUUACUUGGUAAAAGUGUGGGUGAGUCUGGCCAUAAUUGUAAUCCCCUUGGUGUUUCUCCUUGCCAACUCAUUCAGUUUGAAUGUAAGGAGAAAAAUCUGGCACUUGUAUGUGAUCUUCGCCUUGACGUUUUCGCCUGAGAUAUUAUUUAGUGAAGCUCAAUUCACCUUGCUUGCAUUACUAGGUAUGAUUAUUGUGUUUUUGAUAAUCGAGGUGCUCAGGCUCAAUCAAGUCAGCUUCAUUGGUAAAUACUUGUUCCAGGUGCUUGACAAAUUUCAAGAUCUGAAAGAUAAACAGGGACCAAUGAAUUUGUCGUAUAUUUAUUUACUAGUUGGAGUCACUACCCCAGUUGUUUAUGACUAUCUCGUUAAUGGAGAAAAGACAAGUGUGAUUAGAUACAUUGGACCUAUCACAUUGGGAGUUGGUGACACUUUAGCUUCCGUCAUUGGUAGAAAGUUUGGCUCAAUCAAAUGGAAGGGAAGUGAAAAGUCAGCACAAGGUACAAUUGCAUUCAUCGUUGGAUCAUUGAUAGCAAUCAAUGUUGUGGAAUACGUCAACGCUGACAAUAAGAACUACUUGCCAGUUGCUAAUUGGGAAAACUUGUUUGUUUCGAUUAUACUAGCAGGCUUACUAGAAGGUACGUCUGACCUCAAUGAUAACUACUUGAUCCCCAUUUUCCUCCCAGCUGCAUAUGAAUUGUUAAAUAGAUGCUACUAG